CGAACAAACGGCCUCAGUUCUCAGACAGCCUCACAUCAGCCAAAGCGCAGCCCUCCCUGUCCUUUGCGUUACCUGAAGAGAGAGCAGUGCCUGUUGGCGGAGGAAUGGGUCAACUUUGUCCCGUCCGAUCAACGGUGAAGAAAAAAAAAAAGCAGCAAUCGAAGGGUUAAAAAGAGGAGAGAAUAAGCAAUCCGAGGGAAGUGUUAGGUUUUUUUUUUUCCUUUUAAGUUUUUGUAUAAAUAGAGUGGGAGAAUCGGAGAGAAGAAGACGGACGGAAAAAAAUAUAUACAUCGGGCCGACAAAAAAAAGGAGGAGAUCCAAGAGCUUUAGUGCCGGCGGAAGGAGGAACUUCUUGAGUGCCCUACUGCUUGUAAUCUGAUCUUUGAGAUGAAGAUUCAGUUUGAUUUGUUUGGUCUCCCACACUCCUUUCUUGUGCCUCUUCAGGAAACAGAACAGGUUUGGGAGGCAUUUGCAGCCUUAAUCUCGAGUUUUCCUUGAACCAUCUCUACAACUUUGUUCAUCGAAGGAUGAUCACUAGGCUUCAUCUGUAUACACCAUAAUGCUACUAUAAUCAUUUUCUUUAUUAUUCUAUUUUUUUCCUCCUCUGUCGCAUCUCUAAUUUCUUCCCCGUCCUUUCCCUUAACAAUCGGGUCAUAAUCACAAAAAGGAGAAGCAAACCUCACUUGAAUUUUCUGCUGCUGGAUUCGAAUUCCUUCUCUUGCAAACCAUUUCUAUCAUCAACAUUCCAAAACAAUAAGAGUAAUGAUAAGGAAAAUAAAAAUUUAAGAU